UCCAUUUCUUAAUCCGCAAGAAGAUCAGCAUCCGCAAGAAUAUAUAUUCAUCGAUGAAUUUAUCAUCCAUGGACAAGUAGAAGAAACUCACAGCAACUCACCAGCACAGUAGACGAAGAUCACAAGCAUGGCGAUGACGACGGCGGCGGUGGCGGCGGCGGCGCAGCCCAAGGAGGUGAAGCUGUACGGCGCGUGGGGCAGCGCGCACGCCGCCAUGGCCAGGAACGCGCUGGAGCUCAAGGGCGUGCGCUACGAGUACGUCGAGGAGGACCUCGAGCGCAAGAGCGAGACGCUGCUGCUGCGCCUCAACCCCGCCCACGCCGGGAAGGUCCCGGUGCUGGUCGUCGUCGACGACGACGGCGGCGGCGGCGGCUGCCCCCUCGCCGAGUCGCUCGUCAUCCUCGAGUACGUCGACGAGGUGUGGCCACAGGCGCCGCGGCUGCUUCCGCCGCCGUCGUCCCCGCGCGCUCGCGCCGCGGCCAGGUUCUGGGCGAGGUUCUUCCACGGCGAGGUGUCGCCGCUGUCGCGCGCGGCGGCGGUGCUCGCGCCGACGCCGGAGGAGCGGGCGGAGGCGGUGCGGGAGAUGAAGGCGCGGAUGGCCGUGAUGGAGGCCGGGUUUGAGAGGGACUUCCCGUCGUCGGUCGUCGGCGGCCCGUUCGUGCACGGCGCGACGCCGGGGCUGCUCGACGUGAUACUGGGCUCCUGCGCCGCCGGGACGAGGGCGAUCUCCGCCAUGGCCGGCGAGGAGGUCGUGGAGCCGGACGCGCUGCCGCACGUGCACGCCAGCAUGGCCGCGUUCGACGAGCGCGUCGCAGGGUUCGGGACCAGCGUGCCGCACGAGCUCCUCCUCGCGCGGCUGCUCGAGAGGGAGGAGAGGCGGCGCGCCGCCGCGUCGGCGUCGGCGUGAAAACGUCUUCGUGUACCGACAUGAGGAUGAACGCACACGCAUGCUUUGUACCCCUUCCGCCAUAAAUUAUUCGUCAUUUUGAUUUGUUUUA